GCCCGAGGCCCAACAGAGAAAGCCCAUUGGGCUCAAUCCUUCCUCUCCACUUCCGGUCUUUCGUCCCUUUUCUCACUGCUCCAAAUACCCAAAACCCCCGCUCGCGGCUGAGAACGUCAUCCGUCGCUAAUGGCGGGCGUUCUCACUCGCUGCACCGUCUUCUCUCUCCCUCCUCGCCCUGCAAAAGCCACCGUGUCUCUUUCGCAGCCGUUGCCGCAGCCUCCUCUCACCACCACCGCUCACAAACCCUCGAAGCUAGUGAAGCGAAGGAACCACCUCCGCCCCAAAAUCCUCAAGACCCUCGCUAAACCCUACGCCCCUGUCCGAACUCCCGAGGAACCCCAGUCGGACGCCGUCAUUCCGGUACCGUCCUCCGAAACCCUACGCGACAUCGUCGAAGCGGAGUCUCCGGGAGAAGAAGAAGCUUCUCAGGUCUCGGAGAGCGUAGGCGUUGGUCCUGAGCUCGGCAGCGUUGCCGGGAAAUUAUCGGCCAGGUCCGUGAUAAAGUUCGGCGCUUAUUUGGUCGUGAUUUUUUUGUUCCAGACGAUUUGUGCUGUUUGGGUGUUUGGCAGCAAUGGCUCCGAUUCUGCUGGUGAAAGUAAGGAGAGAACUUUGGUGAAUGGGGAAGGGAGGGCGGUCUCGGAGAAGUUGCCGUCAAGAAUGAGGAAUGUGGUUUAUUUGGAUGAGUCUGACUUGGAGAAGAGGAUCGAGGAGAUAAGGUCGAUGGCUAGGGAGGCACGGAGGAGCGAGAAAAGAGGACUGAAGAGGGAAGAUACAGGGGAUGGUGAGAGCGAUGAUGGCCAUGAUGAUGAUGAUGGUGAGGUGAUUCCUGAUAGCCGGACGGCUAUCAAGAAGGAGAUUGGUUCUCGGUUGGAUAAGCUGCAAAAGAAACUGGGCCCGGUUCAGAAAUCACCAGGUCUAAGUAAAAAUGUGCCGCUCGGGGGAGCUAGUAGUUUGAUGUUCAAGAAAAAGUUAAAGUUUCGAAGCCCUUUCGUGGAGAAAUCUAGUGCUAAUCUGAAGGGGUUUCAGCCGUUACAAGACAAUGGUAAAACAAAGAAGAAAAGCAGUAGUGAAGUCAACGUGGAAGGGCAGAAUGGAGGUCUUAAUCAUGGUGUCGUGGAAUCAUCAAACGGAGAAAAGUGGGAGGAACUGGUUGAUGGUAAGAGAUAUGGCGGUCUUUCGAAAGAUAUUAAACUAGAAGGUGAUGAAACCAUCGUUCUCACAGAGAUGCAGAAUGAUUCGCAUAAUGAUGGGGUAGGCGAAGGGCAAUCUUUUCCUCGUGAGGAUGAAGAAGUUGGAGAUACUCAAAGCAGAACUGGCAUUUUUGACGAUGCUAGUGGGAAAAGGAGUUCAGUUGGAGGAGCAAACUUGAGAACAACUGGAAAUUUCGGGUUGCAGAGUUUUCGAAGCUUUGGGGAAGAAAAGGAGGAGGCUACGAGAAGAUCUGCUGGUCAAGAUGUAAAUAGUAUCAAUGGCACAUUGAAGCAUGAAGAAAUUAAAGCCGCAUCUUCGAGCAAGAGAGUCAAGGAUAAGCAAUCAGAUAAAAACGGACAGUUUUGGUGGUUGAAGCUUCCUUGUGUUUUUGCUAUUCUCAUGCGUAGAGGCUCUGAUUUGGAAGAACCAGGUGGAUUCUUUACGGUAAAGACUGGUCCAGAGGACAGUGAUGCUUCUUCCUACACAGUUGCUUUCGAGGACCGUUUUGAUGCCAACAAUUUCUGCAUUUUGCUUGAGUCCUUCUUCGAGGAGCUGGGUGAUUUCAAUGCUGACAUUGUACCUCUAUUGAGAAAAGAGCUUCAAGAGGCCAUGAAAGAAAAGACCAUGAAAAUGGUGGUUGUGAGGAAGGGGCAGCUUAAGCUUUACGCUGGACAGCCGUUUUCUGAUGUUGAGCUGGCCUUGCAGUCUUUGGUUGAAGAAAGCUUGAGGGAGUGAAUUGAAGUACAUAAAAAAUUCGACCCGGUGGUUUUCCCAAUCCGCCAUUGAACAUUGCUGAACAGAGCUUCCCAUUCCGAGAUUCUUUUCUCUUCUGCUGGUUGGGAAUUUGCAAGAUGGCCGAGCUCUCCUUCGCCAAUAAUCUCUCUUUCAGCUCAUCGUGCUUUUGAAUUUUGGAAAUCCAAAGGGUCCAAGCACAGGGCAAGCCUUGUCUGGGGCCAACUUGAUUUUGAAUAUUCAAAAGCAUCAUGCGGUGGAGGAGAGAUAAUUGGGCAAGGGGAUCUCAGCCAUCUUGUAAAUUCACUCUGGAUCAGCAACACGCAAUGAUGGAUUUAGAAAAUCGCUAUGUCCAAUUACAUCUGGCGAGGUGGCUGGCAGCAUCGGCAUGCUAUGGUCUCGUUGGUAUGGCCUGGUUCUUGUUACCAGAUAUUUUCAGUUUUGGGUUUCGCAUGUACACCGGUUGAAAUUCCUCAAAUUCAGUUGAGCAGCAAUUCUCUGUCAAAUCAAAUCUACUGAGGUUUGGAGUUCCUAAAACUUACGACUGUU